AUGGAUGACGAAAUGUUAUCGUUGGCCAUUGUGAAAGACGGUCAACAGGUCGUGGCUGGAUCGCAGAGCGGUACCUUAUACACAUGGGAAUGGGGAAAUUGGAAACGAGCUUCCGAUCGAUGGAUCGGUCAUCCUUGUUCGGUGGAUACCAUGUGCAAAUUAGACGAACAGACAAUUUGUACAGGAGGCAACGAUGGUUUGUUACGUCUCAUCUCCUUGGAUCCGCAACAGUUUCAGGGUGUCAUUGGUGACCAUGGCCAAGAUUUUCCGCUGGAGCGCGUGCGCGUUACACAUGACCAAAACUUCAUUGGCAGCUGUGGCCAUGAUAUGCAACUACGAUUUUGGGAGAUUCAAAGCUUAUUUGAGCAAGACUCGGAAGAUGAGACAGAACCGUUUGGGAUGAUUUUUUGUUUAGCAUCAAAGCCCUCGUCGGUUCGUCGAUCCAUUGCAGUGACCCCUAAUAAGUUUGAUUCUGCAGAUAUCAAUCUGGAUGGUUUAUUGGAAAAUAACCGUUGUUGGGCUGAAGCCGUGUUGAAGGAGGAUCCCAAUUUUUUCCGCGACAUGGUAGAGAAACAGACCCCCAAAAUAUUAUGGAUUGGUUGCUCGGACUCCCGUGUGCCAGCGAAUCAAAUUGUCCAACUCGGUCCAGGCGAGAUUUUUGUUCAUCGCAACAUUGCCAAUGUGGUCCAUCACACGGAUUUGAACUGUUUGUCGGUCCUUCAGUACGCUGUCGAAGUGCUCAAAGUAGAGCACAUCAUUGUGUGUGGCCAUUAUCUCUGUGGCGGUGUUGCCGCCGCUCAUGGUCAUGAGCAAUAUGGAUUGAUUGACCAUUGGUUGCGCAAUAUCAAGGACGUGUAUCGAUUGAAUCGGCAAGAAUUGGAGAAUUUGUCAGAUGGUACGAAGCGAUUGCGACGUUUGGUGGAGCUGAACGCCAUCCAUUCGGCGCAAAACGUAUGUCACUCCACUAUUGUGCAGAACGCCUGGGCUAGAGGGCAAAAGCUUACCGUGCAUGCAUGGGCCUAUGAUUUACAUAUUGGGUAUACAUUUCACAUCAUCCGUUCCACGGUGCAGCUGCAUCAUCUAACUUCGUGA